AUGCUCGCCUCGGAGCUAGCCGUUGGCCUCGGCUGCGUCGGAACGAUUCCCUUCGCUCCAUCGUCCUCUCACCACCGACCAAACACGGCUCCUCCCGCCGCUGUUUGCGCCCUCGCCUCUGAUCCCCUCUCCCGCUCGCUUUUUGCAAGCCAACCGAACCGGUGCCUUAAAGCUGCUAAGCCAUCGACCCGAUCGGUUAGGCGACUAAAUACAACUACCCCGGUCUAUGCCAGACACCUGGAAUAUCAGGUAGCCGCUGCAGCGGCUCCUUUAGCCGGAGAAACGGCGUCAGUGACGGCGGGGAAUGCGGCGAGGGAGAGUGGAGGGUCAGCAGAGCGGGGACUGACGGUCGUGGAUGUAGAUUUGGGAGAUCGGAGCUACCCGAUUUACAUUGGCGCGGGAAUUCUGGACCGCGGGGAUUUGUUGUGCAGGCACGUCAAGGGCCGACGUGUGCUGGUGGUGACCAAUGAAAGCAUCGCGCCGCUGUUCCUGGAGCGGACUAUUUCGGCACUGACACAUGGCAACUCGCAAUUGGAGGUUCGAAGCGUCGUGCUGCCAGACGGCGAGCAGUUUAAAGACCUGGAAACCCUCAAUCUGAUCUUCGACCGAGCCCUCGAGACCCGCAUGGACCGGCGCUGCACGUUCGUGGCUCUCGGGGGAGGCGUCGUCGGCGACAUGACGGGCUUCGCCGCUGCUUCGUACCUACGAGGCGUCAAUUUCAUCCAAAUUCCCACUACCGUCAUGUCUCAGGUGGAUUCGUCGGUGGGCGGCAAGACAGGUGUCAACCACCGGUUGGGCAAGAACAUGAUAGGCGCGUUCUACCAGCCGCAGUGCGUGCUGAUCGACACCGACACGCUCGCGUCGCUCCCGGACAGGGAGCUCGCGUCGGGGCUGGCGGAGGUGAUUAAAUACGGGCUCAUCCGCGACGCGGAGUUCUUCGAGUGGCAGGAGGAGAACAUGGACCGGCUGCUGGCGAGGGAGACGGCGGCACUGGCAUACGCAAUCAAGCGGUCGUGUGAGAACAAGGCGGCGGUGGUGGCGGCAGAUGAGAAAGAGGGCGGACUCAGAGCCACGCUCAACCUUGGCCAUACCUUCGGUCAUGCGAUAGAGAAUGGGCUAGGAUACGGAGAAUGGCUGCAUGGGGAGGCGGUGGCAGCGGGCACGGUGAUGGCAGCACACAUGUCGCACCGCAUGGGGUGGAUCGACGCGGCUCUGAGGGAUCGCAUCACUGCUAUCAUUAAGAGGGCCCGACUGCCCACGCGUCCCCCGUCUGCUGUCACUAAGGAGCAGUUCAGAAGCCUCAUGGCGGUGGAUAAGAAGGUAGCGGACGGCCAGCUGCGUCUUAUUCUGCUGAAGGGUUCAUUGGGUGACUGUGUUUUCACUGGGGACUUUGACAAGGCCGCACUUGAAGCUACCCUGGAUGAGUUUUGUGAAGCAAAACUCCUUGCCAGCGUCAGCAGCAGCAUUGGGGAUGCAGUGACACGUCUGCAGAAGCUUAUCCAACCAUCGCCUCCAGGACUGCCACCUGGACCUGCUGAUGACUCAGCAGUCAGGCUGGCGUCAGAUCCACUCGCCUUCCUGGAUGACAUGGCCAAGGACUAUCCAGGCGGCAUUGCCACCGUCAGAUUGGUGGGAGAGCCCGUACUCGUUAUAAGCAGCCCUGAAUUAGCACGGGAGGUGUUGGUCACGCAGUCUGACGUUUUUAUCAAGGCGGGCACAGCAUUUUUCCCCGGCAGCAGCUUGACGGGGAACGGGCUGCUGGUGAGCGAUGGGGAGGUGUGGAAGAGACAACGCCGCCUGUCCAACGCUGCCUUCAGAAAGGCCGCCAUUCAAUCAUAUGCCACGGCCAUGGCGGAGUUGGCUGAUGACAUGGUGGGAGGCACGUGGACGGAUAGCCAAGUAGGACGAGGGGGACGAGGAGGGAGGGAUGGGGUGGUGCAGAACGGUGUGAAGCAAGAUGGUGUGGUACAAGGUGGUGUGGUGAGGGACGUGUAUGCGGACUUCAACGAGCUGACCAUGAGGAUAGUGGUGGCGGCGCUGUUUGGUGGGGGCGGGUUGGGGGGAGCAGCAGUGGAGCAGGUGGGACCUGCUAUCUCCACGGCCUUUGAGUUCUUUGCCAAGCGCGCCACCAGCAUGCUCAUCAUCCCCGAGUGGUUCCCUACUCCCGACAAUCUCCAGUACACGGCAGCAGUGCAGCGCCUGGACGGGGUGGUUUAUCGGCUGAUAGAGGAGAGGAGGAAGGAGAUGGCGGGGUGGGCUGCCACACGGGGGACUGCACAGGGAGGAGGCGAGGAGGGGAAGGACCUUCUCACUAGACUGCUGCUGGCUCGGGAUGAAGACGGCUCGGGAAUGGACGACCAGUCACUCAGAGACGAGCUCAUGACUCUGCUGGUUGCGGGCCAGGAGACAUCAGCCAUCCUGCUGGCGUGGGUGUGUGUGCAGCUGGCACUGCAUCCGGAGGAGCAGAGGCGGGCAGCAGAGGAGGUGCGGGAGGUGCUGGGAGGGCGGAGCCCCACUCACGCUGACGUUCCCAAGCUCAAGUACCUGGAGGCAGUGAUACAGGAGACGCUCCGUUUGAUGCCACCGGCGUACAUCGUGGGGCGCUGUGCGUGCCGCGACACGCGCCUUGGGGAGUGGCGAGUUCCCCAGGGCACCACUGUGCUUGUGAGCCCGUACCUGCUGCACCGCGACCCACAGCACUGGCCCAGAGCUCUCACCUUUGACCCAUCGCGCUGGCUACCCGGGGGGGACGCCCUCCCGCCAGCCGACAACCCAGCCUACUGGCCGUUCGGAGGGGGGCCCAGGAACUGCAUCGGCAUGGGCUUCGCACUGCUCGAAGCCUCCCUCGUCCUCGCCCGCAUUCUCCAGUCCUUCUCCCUCUCUCUCCCUUCGGGCUCUCCCGCUCCUGUGCCCCGCGCCAUGAUCACCCUGCGACCCGCUGGGGAGGUCAAUCUGCUGCUCACACCGCUUGCUUCCCACCCACAAGAAGGAGACAUGCCUGAGUCUGGUUCUGCUGGGACAGCAGGGCCAGCAGCAGCGGAACCUGCUGGAACAGCAGCAGCAGCAGCAGCAGCAACAGCAGAAUCACCGGCACCACCAGCAGCAGCAGCAGCGCCAGCAGCAGCAGUAGCACCACCACCACCACCACCAACACAAGCGUCGCCAGCAGCAGCAGUAGAUGCAGCUAACAACGGUAUAGCUCGCAGCAAGGGUUUAGGUGGGAAGGCAGGGACGACUGCUGCAUCAAAUUAA